AUGCAGACGCUGGGCGACAACUCGUCUCCAAAGGUUGACUUCGGUACGAAAUGCAACUGUGAGGAUGGAGUUACGGGCAAUGCGGGAAGACCUAAAGCAAAGCUGAGGGGAAUCCCGCCUCAAAGGGGGCUGACCUUUCGCCAAUCAGUAUCAGCCUGUAAGAAGAAGGUUCAUAAUCUGGAGAACCGCUUGGACCAGAUUGAGAACCACCCGGCGGAGACCCCCCCACCACACUAA